CUAACAAAACAAUAUAAAAAAAAUACAUCAUGUCUCUGAGAGAAAAUUUAAUAAUGAAAGUUGACAGCAUUGGUUAAGUGACGAAUUUCAAUGAAUUGAUGAUAUUUUAUUUUAACAUUUCUCUUGCAAUUGUAAUCGAGAAAAUUUCUGAUGUGCGAUCUAAAAAAAUUUUUAAUAUAAGUUUUUUAAUUAAGUAAAAUUUGUAUUUUUAAAGUAAGUCGUGUUGUGAAAUGUCAAUUCUUGGCGGAAUGCCAUCUCAAGAAUCAAACAGGCCUGAACUCUACGAGGAAGUUAAACUGUAUAGAAAUGCAAGAGACAGAGAGAAGUACGACAACAUGGCGGACGUGUAUGCCCUCGUCAACACCUUGCAGAACCUGGAGAAGGCGUACAUCAGGGACUGCGUCACGCCCAAGGAGUACACGGCCGCCUGCUCGCGCCUCCUCGUGCAGUGCAAGGCUGCGUUCAAGCACGUCCAGGGGUCCGAGUUCCCCACCAUAGACGCCUUCGUGAAGAAGUUCAGGCUGGAUUGCCCUGGUGCUCUAGAAAGGAUCAAAGAAGACAGGCCAAUCACGAUCAAGGAUGACAAAGGGAACACCAGCAAGUGUAUUGCUGAUAUUGUCUCUCUGUUCAUCACGCUGAUGGACAAGCUGCGGCUGGACCUGCGGGCCAUGGACGAGCUCCAGCCGGACCUGCGCGACCUGGCCGACACCAUGAGCCGGUUCAGCCUGCUGCCGCCGGACUUCCCGGGCCGCAGCAAGGUGGCUGAGUGGCUGGCCACGUUCGCCAGCCUGCAGGCGUCCGACCAGCUGAGCGACGCCCAGGCGCGCCAGCUCAUCUUCGACCUGGAGACGUCGCUCAACGCCUUCCACCAGCUGCUGCACGACAGCGCCUAGUGCCGACAGUCUGUCUGUCCGCUUGCAGUCUUUCUCUUUGUUUCAUGUGUUUGUUCCGUCGAGCCUUUGCAUUAUGUGCUGGAUUUCAUAAGGCUCAGUCCGUUAUUAUUGUUGGUUUCCGUUUCAUUUCAGUGUUUUCCUGUUUUCUGGUGGGUUACACAUUUCAUGGUUACAUUUAUGUAAUGAUUUUUGGAAGAAGAUCGACCUUUCCCCCCCCCCCCCCCUACUCAUUCACUUCUGUUAAACAGUAUUUUACAAGUUAUUUUAAGUAUAAUUGUAUUGUAUAUUAAUUUUUAUUCCACAUUUCCCGUUAAAACUGUUUUGAAAUGAGAUGAUCUGGCAUGGCCGUGGUAAUGAACUUGCUGAACGAAAGGCCUUUCGCUGUAUGUAGUACGCUUUUGCUGGAGGAACUGUCGGAUUGUGAAUUUGUUUACAAGUUGUACACUAAAACACAUACUUAUUUUUGACGUAGUGUAAAGAUUUGUUAACCUCAAAAAUCUCCAACAGUCUGCUAUGACAAAUUGUUACCGACAGUUUUUGUGACCAUCGAGUAUUUCAUCUGGCUGAACGCAAGGGAGCAAGUCUCUUCCGAUGUAGAUUUUUUUUUCUUCUGCUGAAUGGAUCAAUAUUUUGGGGGUCAGGGGAUUAAUUUGGACACAUAUUCACUUUGUUAAAAACUGUGGUUAAGUCAUUUUCAACAAACAUAGGCUGUGUUUGUUUCUGUGAACUCUUGUUUCGUCAGUGUGUCGGCAGGAAGAUAAAAGAAGCUAUUUGUGGUGUACUUUUGUACGUUGCUUGUUUUCGAAAUUGUGCAAGAAAUAUGCUUUAUUUACAACAAACCUAUAACUUGUUUUUUGUUUGUGGAUUAUAUUUUAUUUUUUGGUUUCAUUGGAAGAAGUUUUUGAUUAAUUAUUAGUCAUAAUGAUUGUUUGAAAGCCAUUGUAGUGAGGUUUUUUUUUCCAUUAAAUAUUCUUAAAGCUAAUUGCACAGAUUUGAAUAUUUUUCAGGUUUUUGUUAUACAAAUUUGAUCCUUAUUAAAAAAAAUACUAAAAUACUAAUUUUUUAUUUAUCAUUCAGCCUAUCAAAAUACAUUAAUAAACAUAAUUCAUCCUCCAUUGCUACAUAUUUAGUCACUUGGAAUAUGAAAUUAUUUUUAAUUUAAUAUGUAUGAAUAAUUCUCUUUAGCUAUAAUAUACUUUGAGCUACACAUUAUUGCAAUAACUUUAUUCGACUAUUUUUGUGUGAUUAUAGUGUUUUGUAUAUUAUAAUGUGUCAUCAUUACUAAGUUCUUGUGCUUUAUUAAUUUAUCUUCACAUUAUUUUUAAUGAACUUGAAAUUUGUAUGAGAAAAGUUUGACACUGAAUUCAAAUAAAUUUUAAUUGUUUUAUGUUUUGCAUUCUUACAUGAUAUCAAUGAAGUCAAAAAAUAACAUAUUUAUAUGUCGUUACAAUUGGUAUGUUACAGAGAGGGUAUAUUGUAAUGAAAUUAUUCCAGCUUUAUUAUAUAGUGUAUAUCUUA